CUUACCAUUAUUUUAUUAGGUGAACCAAUUGAGUUCCAGGUGGGGUCCAGCAGUGCGGCCAAGUUGGGCAGGCGGGAUCUACGAGGCUAGCUUCACUUUCUUCCCUGAUCAUCACCCUCGUUUUGCCCUCUUCUUUUCCUUCUGUCAACGUCAGCAUGGCGCAAGAGCUGGGUAUUUCCAAAGCCGCCCUCGCCGCCUCCCUCUUCAAGGCCGACCCGACUUCGCUGCCCCGAACGACUGUUGACGAUCUCUUCACACUCCUUGGCUCGGCCGUCACCAAGUGCUCGCGUCCAAACGUCCAGAAUUGCAAAGCUUGGAUCGUCGCCAAUGUCGUGCCAUCAAAGAACAGAAGCGCCGCGUUGGGGAGAUACCUCGUCGCAUUGAGCAGGAGCCUGGACAACAAGGAGAAGCCAAGCGUACGCAGGAGGAGGCUGCAUCUUCUUUAUGUGAUCAACGACGUAUUGCACCAUGUCAAGACCAACCUGGGGGAUGCUUCCUUUGGGGACGCGCUCGAGGCGCAUCUGCCAGUUCUGGUUGCGACCGUCGCGGAGUUCAAGGACUGUCCUAAGCAUAUGAAGAAGCUUUCUUUGCUCUUGGACAUAUGGGAAAACAAAGCCUACGUCAGCGCAGCUCACUUGGCUACUCUACGCAAAGCCGCCGCGAGUGAUCCUUCGACCGCAGUCCCUGCCGCAGAGGCGCAAAGCGUCACCUCGUCGCUAAGAAUCUCCAAGGAAGCGCCGUACACGUUACCCUCAUACCACGGCGACCCGUCCACGCCAUGGUAUGAUCUACCAGCGGCAACAUGGCUACCGCACAUCACACCGAAUUCGACGCGACCGAUGCUCCCCGACCUCAUCAAACCAAUACAGCUCGCGCCGGGCCCCGCCGACCCCAAGCUUGUGACUGCUGUUAAGGACCUUCUCCGCGAUGUCGAGCUUCUAUUCUCCAAAGAGCGCAAAGCUGAUGAGGAGCCUUACGGCCAAAUCAACGAACUUGGUGAGCAGGUCUACCUUGACGAGGUCACUGGAGAUGUGAUUGGUGGCAGAACAUACUACGGCUGGUCUCGGACCUUCUGUGAGAAGAUGAAGGAAAGGCAGAAGACCGCUAGAAACGGCAAGCAUCGAGGUCGGUCCAGGUCACUGUCCAGUAGCGACUCGCGUGAUCUGUCACGAAGCCUGUCAGGGACACCAGCCUUCAAGCGUCGCAGACGUUCCCCCGACUCAAGGAGCCCGUCACCCCGAGGCCGGUCGAGAUCUAGCUUAUAUGAUGGUAACAGAGGCCGACGCGGAAGCUCGUCGGGUCGUAGUAGAUCCCGCAGCCCCUAUCUUCGCCGACCGUACAGCCGGUCUCCCUCCCGAUCACGUUCUCGCUCGCCCGGAAGAUCUCGCCUAGGUUCACAGGUUCCUCCCCCUCCACCCAGAUCACAGCAGCAUCAACAAGCGCCCCCUCCGCCCCCGCCGUUGAAUCAGAUGGGGCUCCCAUCGGGAAACCUUCCUCCACCACCUCGCCCCCCGGGCUGGAAUGGACCGUGGCCGCCUCCUGCACCUUCGCCGAACGCGACGCCAGGCGGCUGGAUGCCUGGAAUGAUGAUUCCUCCGAAUAUGAUGGCACCAAGCGCGUGGAGCGGUGGUCCGCCUCCUCCGCCGCCACCCCAGCUGCAAAAUGACCCUCAAAGCCACUACUAUCAGGGCGGCUAUGGACAGAGAGGUCAUCAAGACCGACACCAUUGGCAGCAUCCUGGGCAGGGUCGCGGCUAUGGCAGGGGGGGCGGCUCCUGGGGCAGAGGACGGGGCAGGGGAUGACUUUGAGUAAGAAGCAAUGGAAGGAGAAUUUAUCGGAGAAAGAAAGUUGUUAUGGUAGUGGUCUAGAUCACAUUAUACGCACAAAGGGCGGACUUGACCUAUCUAUUGAAUCCUCGUAUAGACUCGUGGUGCGCAACAAAAGAACAGG